AUGCCGCGAUUUAGUGUUCCAAACGCUCGUGCCAAGAUGCAGCUAAAGCAUGCAAUGUCAGCCAGCUCCAUUGACGCCAAGCUCCGGCGAUUGCAGCAGGUCCUUGAUCUCAACAUUCUUGACAGCGCAGGGGAGGACUCCAAGUACCUUUGGAAUAUGGCAUCAAGGGAACUGCAGGCAUGCAAAAGCAAGCUGAGAACACCACCUGAGGAAGAAACUGCGCCUAGUGAAGAACCCAAAACGGCUGACCCAGUUGGCAAGGAGAGUGCACCAGCAGCAGCACCAGUACCAGUGGCAGCGAGCAGUCUGAACAUUGAUGAGAAAAGCAAGGGCCAAGCUCCACAGGUUGACGGUGGUUAUGGUUGGAUUCGUAAGGCAAAUGCGCAAAGCGACCGGGAAGCCCGGCGAAAGAUCAGCGCAGCAACGCGGCAAGUCGUUCAGCUGCGCUCCUAUCAACUUGGAAGCAGUGUGGUUCAGCUGCAUCAUGUGGAUGAAAUGAUCAAAGGCACCCGGCUGCUUUCACCCAGCUUAGCUGGGGCAUGGCCAGAUGUCCCAAAGAAGGGCAAGGAGAAGACUACACUAGCCGUUGAAAAUGGAACCGUUCUAGAUGUAGCGGUGCAAAAGGCAAAAGCAGGAGAGCACGUAGUUGCGGUCAAUGCUGCUUCAGCUUACCACGCCGGAGGUGGCUUCCUCACCGGUGGUCGGCAUGCUUUGGAAGAAGCAAUGUGUGUGCAAAGUUCACUUUAUGAUUCUUUGGAGCAUGGAAUCGGCUUAGCUGAAGCUGCAAAGAUUCAGACACCUCCAUGGGCAAAACCUCCUCAAAAGCGAGAUGGCAGUCCAUGGGUGUCUCAUCUUCCUGAUGAUGGCGUCCUCUUGUCUCCCAAGGUAGAGGUGUUUCGUGAUGGAACCAAUGACGGCUACUCCUUCAGGGAUGCAGUGACAGUUUUGACAGCUGUUGUCUCUGUAGCGAUGCCAAACUGCAAUGACAAGAUGUCUGACUCGCCAGUUGACUCAAAUCCUGAGUCGGAAGGCUACAAGAAGCAGCUGCUACAAAAGUGGCGUGCAGUACUGACAGCGGCCUCCGCAUGUGAGGAGGCCACCACACUAGUUGUUCCAGACGCAGGCUGUGGCGUCUUCUACAACUCUCCUGAGGAUGUUGGGACAAACCUUGGCAGGGCAUUGGCAGAAUUUCCCGGCCGCUUCAAGAAUGUCAGCAGCCAUCAAGAAGAUGCUCGAAUUGCAGACAUGUGCUCGCUGCUGCUCCGGAGGGAUAGCUCUGCUGUCAUGGCCAUGAACCGGAACAGGCACACAGUGCUGCAUCUUGCCGCAAUGCGUGGCCAUGCCGCUGCUUGUACUGAAAUUCUGCGAUGCUUUGCAGCUCGCAAGAAUCUCUUGGAAGCAAAAGAUGUCUAUGGCAUGACCGCUGCUGAUAUGGCAGCAUGUGCAGGGCAUGAUCAUCUUGCCAGCUAUUUGGCGAAUGAGCUGACAGCAAUUCUAACUGUAUGCCAUCCUCAGCCUUUGGAAAAUCUGGGGCUGGACUUGACACUGCCAGAAAAAGCUGCCCGGAAACAUCCUGCUGGGCAAGUUUCUGAUAUUUUUAAAGCCCUUUCCGCACUCCGAUUGCCAGGAUACCCUUUUGGCACAUCCAGAUCAAUGGAAUCGCUUCCUCGGGCUGCCAAGUUUCGAGUGAAGAUCAGCAUCAUCCGUGCAAACAACCUUCGACCUGCAGACCUAUCCCUGAUUGGCCAAAGUAAGUCAGAUCCAUAUUGUAUUUGCAAACUAGCCGGGCGGCCUGAGACAGAUGUGAGGACGCAAACUGUCAUGAAGACGUUGGACCCCACUUGGAAAUUUGAGUGUGAGAUGCCUUGCAUGAAAGCGACGGACACACUGGAGUUCCAAGUCAUGGACUACGAUACCAUUGGGUCUGACGAUCUUCUGGGCAACCUGGAGCUGACAUUCGACCAGAUUUACCCUGGUGGGGUUGAUGAUACCCUUGAGCUGUCAGAUCCUGCACGAAAAGAUGGCAAGAUUGCCACUUUGCGGCUCAAGGUGAUUCCUGAGCUCAUAGAAACGCCAGUUCCAGAUACCAGAUGUUUCGUGACGGUGUACAAGGCUGAGGGCUUGCGUUCGGCGGAUUGGAGUUUGUUCGGCGGCAAGUCAGAUCCGUAUUGCAUUGUGAACAUUCCCGGCAAGAAACAUUCUGCAUGGAGAACGAGGGUUAUGUUCAAGGAAUUGAAUCCUACCUGGGAUGAGGAGGAAGACGUGAUUGGCUAUGAGCCAGGGGACCCUCUGAAGUUCCAGGUGCUGGACUACGAUGAGAAAGAUGAUGAUGACAAUCUUGGACAAGCUUUGUUGCAGAGCAGCGACUUCCAUCCAGAUGGUUUUGAAGGCGAGAUCAGCUUAGGUGAGGGCACGCUGCAUGUUCGCAUAGACAUUGCGGUGCCAGAAAUUGACGAGGAGGUGAUUGACCCUGGUGGGCAUGUAGGCGAGGAUCGUGAGCCUGCACCAUUCCAGAUGAGAAGCAUGGAUAGCGGACGAACGCACCGGCUGGUGGCCUACACAAGGAUAGGUCGAAGCCGGCGAAUGCUUGAAGACAAGAUCGACCUCGUGUUGGACUCUCCUGGGAACUGUGAUGUGUCGCGGCUUCAUGCCAUCGUCAAGUGCUGGAGAGGGCCUGAUCCUAACACCUGGCUGGCAAGACUAUAUGAUGAGAAGGGAGCUGAUGGCGGUGCUGGGAUGGGCCCGGGUGGUGGCCACAGUGGCGGCGGAACCACUGUGGACGGCGAGGCGGUUGAUCCGGUUCUAGGCACUGCUCUUCAAACCGGCAGCGUACUGAGAUUUGGGGUCCGUGAGAUGUGGGUUUUCGAGCGAGCUCCAAUGCACCUUCGCAGCCAGGAUGCUGAAAUAGCAUGCAACAGAGCUGCAGCAAACUCACAAGAGGAUCCCAACCUCAUACGAUCGCUGAAGAUUCCAAGCAAUGCUGUGGAUUCUGCCCUUCAGAGAUGCCCGGAUUGGUUCUCAAUUGUCAGAGUGGUGCUGGAGUGCCGGUUGGAGCCGGACGAGCCAGCCUGCGUAGAUUGUAUUGAGACGCAAGACGAGUGUGGUCGGACUGUUGGAAGACAUGAAGCCUACUCGCUGGUUGCGCAACAAAAGUACGACAUACAGCGAAUUCUUCGCGAGAUAAAAGUGGGUGGCACGGUGCGAUUGCGUCUUUCGAAUGAUCCCAAGCUGCUUGCUCCAAUCCUGGAAUACUUGGAUCAGCAGCGGGCAGAGAUGCAAAAGGUGUACCACAGUCGGGCACAGGUGUUGAAGUGA